AUUUUUGUUUAGCUUUCCCAAAGAAAGCACAAUACCGACGAAAAACAGUAUUGUGUUACUGUGGCUUGUGUCACUGUGCCCGCCUAGCUAGCUAGCUACACAUGCAAAUGCCAUAGCUAUAUUCAUCUUCCCAAAUUUAACACACAAUAUAUAUUCCCUAAAAAAUAGCGUCGAUGUUACUGCGCACAAUAAUCAUUGCCGAAAGCAAACCUGGAAAGUUAGGUGGUCAUUCCGGCCAAGACGGAAAAACUCAUCAGUCAUUUCUUCAUUCAGUUGUAUGUAUAACCAUGCAUGCACAAAUGCAUAUUAUUAGUAAUUAGUUUGUGGCAAGUUGGUUACUCCUACCUACUCCGGUUACCUUCAUUUUUAAUUAGUGGGUAUGCCAUGGUGCAGUGAGUGGUGUGCACCGUAUCAAAAUCGGGAGUAUAGAGAGAGUGAUUAAGUGGUGUAUGUGUAUUGCGUUGCAGGAACAAAGUCACGGGUUUGUCUUGAAAGGCCCUUUAUUUUCGCACAGUCCCAGACGACAGACAUACUACCAGACACUUAUUCUUUCUCUCUCUUUCUCAAUAACCCAAAAUCUGCCUAUUUCAAAAACAAAAUACAUUAAAAAAAACAAGAGUAGAAAGAUACCCUCUAAAACCUCCUUUUUUUAGUCACAAAGCUAUCUCUCCUUUUUUUUAGACUUGGCUACUUCUUUGUCUUCCAUCAACCCAAAAUUUUCACUUUCUUUCUUUCAAUAGUGGUUCAUCAACAAAAUGGCAGUAAUGGUGGAUAAUUGUGAAGGUCUACUUCUGUCAUUAGACAACGGAAAAUCAGUCCCCGCUCCAUUCCUCACCAAAACGUACCAUUUGGUCGAUGAUCCUGCAACCGAUCACAUCGUUUCUUGGGGCGAAGAUGACACCACAUUUAUCGUCUGGCGUCCCCCGGAGUUCGCCCGUGACCUCCUCCCUAACUACUUCAAGCACAACAAUUUCUCUAGCUUUGUCCGCCAACUCAAUACAUAUGGUUUUAGGAAGAUUGUACCGGACAGAUGGGAGUUCGCGAACGAGUUCUUCAAGCGAGGGGAGAAGCAUUUAUUAUGCGAGAUCCAUAGGAGGAAAACAGGUCAACAACAUCAAUUACCAACUCAUUUAAACUUCGGCCACCCUUCAGCCACCUCCUACUUACCUAACUACUUCCCAUCUGUAAGCCUUUCGCCACCAAACUCAGCCGAUGACGACCACCGUGACUUCGACUCUUCUUCCGGAUCUCCGCCUUCAUUAUCUUCACCGUCAGCCUCAAAGUCCUACGCCGACGCCCUCACUUCUCUCUCCGAAGAGAACGAGCGUCUCCGAAAGUCAAAUACAAUACUUAUCUCGGAGCUCACUCACAUGAGGAAACUCUACAAUGACAUUAUCUACUUUGUUCAGAAUCAUGUUAAGCCUGCUGUUGCUCCUACCAACUCUGGAUACCCAUCUGCGUCCUCAUUGCUACUCUCAUCAGCUGCUGUUGCUGCUGCUGCUACUACUACGAGUUUUUCCGCGCAUCCAAAUAACUUCAAUCAAUUUAUCAAAAAAGGUAUUAAUACUAAUAGUAAUUACAAUGUGGGGAAUUUCAGUCAAUCUUAUGCUGCCAAGAGGAGUAAUUUGAGGGUUUUGGAAGAUAAUGAGAGUAGUAGCACAAGCUGUAACACCAAGUUAUUUGGAGUUCCGAUUCAAUCUAAGAAGCGAUUACAUCCAGAUCAGACGGUUGAGAAUAAUUACAAGGCUCGUAUGGUGUUAGAUAAGCAUGAUCUUGGACUAAAUCUCAUGCUUCCUUCUCCUUCAUCUUAGUUAAAUUAGUUCCCUUUUAUUAAUCUCCUUUUUAGGAUAUAUCAACAUUUUCUGAGAUUAUGUUACUACUAGUAUGUAAUUUCAUGUACAUAAACUACCUAGAAUCUCCAUAGCACGACUGUUAUCAAACUUGUAUCCAAAUUCUUGUAUUAGACGGUUUGAUAAUCGGUGUUUUCCCACCUCA